AUGUUGGAUGCAGACACACCGACACAGCGGAAAUCGCUUGCCACCAGUCCAUUUGUAGCCGCCUUCAAUGCACCAGCUCCCUCGACGCCUCAGAUGACCAGUAACUUUGGCAGCACCAGCAGUGGGUUGCUAACGUUUGGGCGUUCAGUUAGACGCCCCACCCCUUCACGCCUUUCGUCCUCUAAGUCUGAAGUCCCAAUAUCGCCUCAGGUCUUCGAUGAGGCUGCCAUGUUCCUAGGAGAGGCUGAGUUCCUUCGGAAGACAACGCCGGCAAGAGUCGCCGUUGCCGAGAUUGUCGCCUCCCCCACCACCAAAAUAAUCUCGGCAUCUAGCGCACGGAAACGUCCCCAACUCAGUCCACCAGUCCCCUCCGACAACUACUGCCCAAGUCCUCAAAAGUACCUUAAACAGGCACGAUCCUGUUCGGUCUUUAAAAUCCAACGGGACGUCGAGGAUGUAUCGCCCUUCGACCGCUCUCCCGGAGGACAACUAAACACGCGAUCUGCCCAGGCCCCUUACAGCCCGACAACCCCCCUGCGUUCUCCUCUGUCUCCGUUAUCUAGUAACAGCAGCUUCCGAAAGUGCCGGUCCGACUUUAUGCCGCCGUAA